CCUUCUACCCUACACAUGCUCAUUGACAUCAGAUGACGUUGGAAUUGGAUCACAAGCAGACCCAACCCAAGAUACUUUUGGUUCAAUCACCUCAGGUUUUAUUCCAAGCUCCCAUGCAGCCCUAGAAAAACCCUAGAAAGGCUUUAGCCCUAGAAAAAGCUCACAUCCAAGCGGCCGGUUGGUGGAGAGCAAGCGGAGAUGACGCAGAAGGAGAACCUCUUCAAGGGGCAGAAGAAGAAAACCAUCCCUCCCAAUCGCCACGGCAAAGCCUCUCACACUCGUAAAGGGAAAAGGUUCGUGAAGCCGUCCAAGGUCACCAAAGACAUCGAGGCCGAUAGAGAACUGAGCAAGUUCAUAAACCACUGCAAUGAGAUCAAAGCUGCAUCUGUUGCCAGCAAAGAUGGUGGUCAACUUAGUAUUUUAAAGCCCAACGCAGAUCCAUCAAAUUCAUCAGAGAAAUAAGAAGCACUGAAGAAAAUGGGUGCGAUUUUGGAGCAUAAUGGAAGUUGACCUGAUUAUGCCUGCAUGAAUUAGAUGUUGACAUGCUGUAAUCUCGAUAUUUGUUUAGUCCCUUUUAAUUGUGCAAGAUGCUAAAGCUGGUUUUUAUGCUAUACUUGAGGAUAUGUAAAUUGAUAUAUGGAUAUUCAUGAAGAUUAGUUGAUAUAUUUGUUAUUAGAUUUCAAUAGCAUGCAAAUGAAUCUAAA